CUACAGCCAGAACCUGUUACUCGUUUCCGUACUUCCGUCCUCACCGAAACUGUUCCCGCAUAUGAAACUGUAACAAGUACCACUAUCGUCACACGCACUGCACCUCCUCCACCACCAAAGACGAUUAUACAGACCGUUCCUCUACCCCCGAUUGUAUCCACCGUAGUUACUACUGUAGUCAGGUCAACCCCAGUGUACACAACUGUUACAACGACUGCAACAGCCACUCUGCCACCAGUUACACUUCCACCACAAGUGACCACAAGUGUAGUUACUCUGCCCCCAGUUACUAGCAUUCAGACAUCCAAGUAUAUCGUGACUUCCCCUGUGGUAUCCAGAGUUACAGAAUAUAAAACUGUACCUGGGCCAGUCGUCACUCUUCCACCAACGGUGGUGACUUCUACUAAGACCUUACCACCGGUAGUACGUAUCAGUACUUCUUUAAUUACCACCACUACUCCUGUCAUCGAAUACCGCACGCUCACUCCUUCUGUAACAACACGUACACUUCCUCCUACGACUGUAGUGAAAACCAAGACCUUACCUCCCGUAACCACCACAUCUACUUCCAUCAUCUCAACACCCACUCCCGUCUACCGUACCAUCAUUAAAACUGUCACUACCACUCAACCACCACUACCACCAGUUACUUCAGUUUCUGUCAGCACCACUACUAAACCACCAGUGACACGAACCGAUAUACUGACUAGCACUUCAACCAAAAUUGAAACUAAGAUUUUAACGAGUACUGCAACUAAGACAGUGACCACUCCCGUUCCCCAAUUCAUUACCAAAAUGGUUCAACUACCACCAGUUACCACCACCGUCUGUCAACCAACGAAUGCCUAUCUGCCGGUGAAAAAACCUGAAACUUCCUACCUGCCGCAACUUGCCACCUAUGACGAUCAACCACGGUACAACGAUGUCUUUCCGUAUGACGGUGGAAAGUAAAUGCUACCCAAAUCCGAACA